AGCAGGCUAAAGAUAUUAUUGGAUGAUGAAGUAUCACAAACCAUUACUUAUUAUGAUCCUCAAGAUUUUAAGAUCCUUAGUGAGGUUUCUUCCGGAGCAUCCGCUUUGGUUUAUAAUGUAUGUAGGGAAGAUACAACAAUGUUCGCAAUCAAAAAAUUUAGAAGUUCUAGUAAAGAGGCCGCCAUCGUUAAUGAGAUUUUUUUAACUGGAAUGGCAAGUCCUUACCCGAGUAUAAUUCAGUUCUAUGGACUUACUAAAUUACAGGAUGAAACAAAUUACUCACUUGUCCUUGAAUAUGCUGAAGGCGGGACAUUAAAACAAUACUUAAGAGACAAUGCUGUAAGUUUUGGAUGGAAGAAUCAGUUGCGAUUUGCUAAGGAAAUCGCAAGUGCAAUCUCAUGGUUGCAUAAUGUUGUGGGAAUCAUACAUGCUGAUCUCCAUCCAGAUAAUAUUUUAAUAAGUAAAGGUACUAUAAAGUUAGCGGACUUUGGAUGUUCAUAUUUAAAAGGAUCAAAACGUAAUACUCAAGUACGGGGUGUGAUACCUUACAUGGAUCCUAAUUUUUUUGAGCAUAACCUAUGUUCGUCCGAAACCCAAAAUCAUCCAUAUCCCUUAACUGAAAAGGCCGAUAUUUAUAGUCUAGGGGUAUUAUUUUGGGAGUUGACAAGUCGUAAAUCGCCUUUUGAUUUCGAGACAAAAAAUAACGACAAUCUCGAAAUUUUUAAAAUCAUGUCGAACAUUUUUAAUGGUACGAGAGAAAAACCUUCUCCAGGCACAAACCAUAAAUUCGUUGCGCUGUAUGAAAAGUGUUGGCAACACGAACCACAUGAAAGACCAGAGGUUAGCCAUGUGAUUUCAGAACUCAAUAAUAUCGUAUCGGAUAAUUUUAGUCCUAAAGACAAUAUUGCAUCAACUACUUUUACUCCCAAGAAAGGCGAAGCAAAUGAGGAUCUAUACUUGUCAGAUUAAUAAGAUUUGUCCCAAUUAUCGGUUCAUAAAUCGAUUUUAUAAUUGACUACUUUCCGCUAACCAACUUUAUAUUUUUAUAUGGAGUAUAAACACUUUUUUAUAAUUUCUUUUUCUUUCAUUUUUUCCUCUUAUUAUAUAUUAUAUUGGGUUAUAAUGAACAUUUUACUUU